AUGAAGACAGCUUGCUGGCUACUGGCAGGUUUUUACCUGUUCUGCUGCUGCAGGGCUGAAGAGGGCCUGGACUUCCCCACCUACGAUGGGAAGGAUCGGGUGUUUGACCUGAACGAGAAGAACUACAAGCAGGCCCUGAAGAAGUAUGAUGUGCUCUGCCUGCUCUUCCAUGAGCCUGUGGGCUCAGAUAAAGUCUCUCAGAAGCAGUUCCAGAUGACAGAGAUGGUACUGGAGCUGGCUGCUCAGGUCCUGGAAACUAAAGGUUUCGGCUUCGGGUUUGUGGAUUCCAAGAAAGAUGCAAAACUUGCCAAAAAGCUGGGCUUGGACGAAGAAGGAAGCCUCUAUAUCUUCAAGGAGGAACGUAUGAUUGAAUUUGACGGGGAACUGGCUGCAGAUGUCUUGGUUGAAUUCCUCCUGGAUUUGCUGGAGGACCCAGUGGAAAUCAUCAACAGCAAGCUGGAGCUACAGGCCUUCGACCGCAUUGAGGACGAGAUCAAACUCAUUGGCUACUUCAAAGGAGAAGACUCUGAACAUUACAAGGCAUUUGAAGAGGCAGCAGAGCACUUCCAACCAUCCAUCAAAUUCUUUGCCACCUUUGACAAAGGGGUUGCAAAGAAACUAGCUCUGAAGCUGAAUGAGGUGGAUUUCUACGAGCCAUUCAUGGAUGAGCCUGUUCAUGUCCCUGACAAGCCUUACACGGAAGAGGAGCUGGUUGAGUUUGUGAAGGAGCACAAAAGAGCCACCCUAAGGAAGCUGCGUCCAGAAGACAUGUUUGAGACCUGGGAGGAUGACCUGGAUGGAAUCCACAUUGUGGCCUUCGCCGAAGAAGACGACCCGGAUGGCUUUGAGUUCCUGGAGAUUCUGAAGCAAGUCGCCAAGGAGAACACUAAUAAUCCUGACCUAAGCAUUGUGUGGAUCGAUCCUGAUGACUUUCCUCUGCUCAUCACCUAUUGGGAGAAGAUCUUCAAGAUUGACCUAUUCAAGCCACAGAUCGGGGUGGUAAAUGUCACAGAUGCAGACAGUAUUUGGAUGGAAAUCAGGGAUGAUGAUGACCUGCCCACAGCUGAGGAGUUGGAAGACUGGAUAGAGGAUGUGCUCUCUGGGAAGAUAAACACGGAAGAUGAUGAUGACGACGAUGACGACGACGAUGAUGACGACAACGAUGAUGAUGAUGACAAUGACGACGACGAUGACGAUGAUGAUUAGAUUUGACUCUGUACAAUUUGUCUUCCGGACAGUGAGCCGUUUUCACUUGGGGCAGGUUGCUGUGCCUCCUAAAUGGCUGUCCUGCCUACUCGGCCUUAUGAAGACUGUUUCCAAUGGUCACAAAAUACCCGUCUCCUCCUCCUUUCCCACCCCUCCUGCUCCCAACACCAAAAAAACCUCCUUGGCCUGGUUUCCAGAGGUUCUGCACACCCACAGCUCUCAGUGAAAUCAACAACAGCUGCAGAUGUUCAGCACCGCUGAAAAUCAGGCCUCACCAGUAUGGACAACAGAAAUCUGCAGGGAAUUUCCCCUGACAUUUCUGUGAGUUACUCCUGGGUAGUGGGUAAAUGGUAGGGGGCCUUUCCCCAUGCUACCAAAAGGUGUGGGGAGCUAAUUUCUAUUUCCAUGCUAAUCGGCCUCUUAUAUUUUAAAACCUAAUCUCAUUGUAAGACACCAGGAAGGUCACUGAAAAAUACUGCCCAUCUCAUUAAACAAAACAUCCUUGACAGCUGCUCAGCUAAACAGCACAGCAAAGACCACAAUAUCCUACAAACUCUGCUUUGGGUGCCUGGUACUA